UCCCUUUGUGUGUAGAGGACCCAGCAGGAAAGCGAUUUUGCAAUUACUUCAGCUUUCCGGCAAAGCAAGCUUGGUUCCUCUGAUCUGCACACACUUGUACACUGGACUGUCUCACUCUGCUCACUGUCUAUACAAGCACAUACAAGAGUGAGCGUGUGUUUAUGGGCUGCGUCUGGACGCGCUUCGAGAACCAACAGCAACACAGGGUUUCUGCCCCUGAUGAUGAAAGCAGACGUCAGACUAGCCCAUGAAUAUUGAUGCGGAGGUAGUCUGUUUCAUAGACGGAACAGAAGGAGGCAAGAUGGCUGCCCUUUAGGAUUUGUUUAAGAGGAGACCUAGACGGUUUGUUGGAAUUCUACAAAGUGGAGGGACUUAAAACAAGGACGCAGAGAGGGCAGCCUUGUGAAUGGACCCAGAGCAGACCAGAUGGAAACAGAAAAGACCAGCCAUGAGACGGAAAAAAGUCUGAUACUUGCACAAAUCAGUGCCACUCAGCAGACAGAUCCUCUUCUCCCCAAGAGACAGAAUGGAGAUCAGUCACCUGAAGUCUUGUCUCAGCAAUUCAAUGGGGACACAAACUGGAGCCAUUUCAAGCCCAGCACAGUGGUCUACCCGAUGAAACGACAACAGGAUAAUUGUUCUAGCCUGGCUAACAUGCAGGGCAUAUAUGAUCAAAACAUGUAUGAGAUGAAUGGACAGAGGAAACAUGCUCUAAGUGAACAGACAUAUUUGGACUUUCACCAGCCUAAAAAACUCUGCACUGAUUCAGAGGUGAAUGGAAAUGAGGACCUGAGGCUUUGGGAUAAAAAAGAAACAAGAACGGAGAACCGAUUAGAAGGAUUCCCUAAGCACAGCAAGACAGGAGAUUUUGAGAUAAAACAUAGUAAAAGAAACUGUAACUUUCCCAAUGGGGAUUUAUUCUCACGGUCACAGAACAAGCAGAUUCCAAUGCCCAAUGGUGCUACAACAAGCCCACCUUCAGUAAAGGGUAUAACUGGUGACCUUUUAGAGAAAACUUUGUCUCAGUAUUACCCAGAGCAUGUGUCUAUAGCACCUCAAACCAACUCAUCUCAAGUAGAUCAGGUCACCAGCAACCUGCCUGAGCAGGCAACUUCUUCACCUUCAUUUACCUCAGGUUUUCCUAUUUCACCCCACACAUCUGCCUCCGAGCCACUUGCCAAGGCACCCCCAGAAGUACAAGGCAGCAAUGGCUACAACCCUGAAUUUACAGUGAAUGGAUACUCUAGCUUUGCAGCUGAGCAAAAGAAGCCUGCUUAUACUCUCUCUGACCUCCCAGAGCUGGGAACACAAUCGCUGAGUCAGGAAGCUUCAGAGUCAAAUGUGCCAUCACAGACAGGCAUCAAUGGUUGCUCACAGAUUCAAAAAGAUAGAGAGGGCCUUCUGAGCGACUCUGAGCAUUUAAGCAUGUUCUCUAAGUCCAACCAGGAUUUUAGCCAUGAAUCUUACAAAUUGCCCCCAGUGAUGGCAGGUGCCCCAUCACAAAACACUCAGACAGGUCAGAACCUACAGAUUAAGGUGCCACAGAAACAACCACCUGAUGAAAGCCUCCACGACAAUAGAGACUUUUCUUUGCCACAGCAACAGAAUCUUGAGCCACCAACAAUAGACCGCAGGUUGAUAUCCCAGGCCUGUACACCAACAUCUCAGAAUCAAUACAGUGAGCAAGAUAAUAAGCCUAACCCAGAUCAGGAAAAGACGUCAAAGAGUACAGAUCACCCACCUCAGAUGGAAUGGAUAGAUUUAAACUCAGCUUCAGCUCUACAGCCAUCUACUGACCACUCUCAGAUGUGGGAUUUUUUCCUUCCACAGACCCAAAUGCAGCAACAUACAGUCUCGCUGAGUCAAAGUCAAUGUACAAAUUCCAUGCCCUCAAACAACUUUCAGUCUCAGAAUUUCAGUAAUCCCAGUUUUCCCUCACAUGAAAGUCAGGCACAAGACUCCCUACCUCCUACACAAUUUCCCCACAAUUCUGCCCCUGAAUGUCAACAAAGAAAUUCCGGUAUGCACAAUCAUACUUGCAUGCAAUUUGACAAAACCCAACACAUGUCCCAGGAAUUAUGCAAAAAUGAUCAAGACCAGAUACAAUCCCAGAGCUUCCUCUCUCAGCCACCACCUCGUCAGCAUGCCACCAGCACAUUUCCCCAUCAGCUCCCUCAGGAUAGACAGAAUAUGCAAGCAGCUCCACAACAAGAUGUUUCCCACAUCCAGGUAAAUGCACCACUCUUGAAAAAGCUUAAAACAGAGGGUUGUCUUCAUUCAGAAUCCCAGACAAUAUCUCUAGGUAUUGAACCCCCAGCACAACCACUGUCUAGUACAACUAUAAGAGAAUACUCAACAUUUCCAGACUCAUCUAAGUCAAAUGUACAAUCCUUGUCUAAAGAAACAGAAGCUCUAACAGAGAGGAAACUCCAGCAGAACAUGCAGUACUCUCAGAACACCAGUAAACAACAACCAAACUACCAGCAACCUCUCCAACGCAGGGUACAAAAUCAUUUGGAAUUCCCCCAGUCUCCAGUGUCUCAAUCUCAACUGUCACAAGUUUCUAACGGUCUUCAGGUUCCUGCUCAAACAUUUACCAAAGCUGAAUUCCAAGAGUUCUUUGCCCAAAUCCAGAGAGAGUCUCUCUCAAGCCAAGGUGCUCAAGGAGAUUUGCAGAGGCACACAGCCUUGCGAAUGCACCUUCUGAAGAGGCAGGAGCGGCAAGGGCCCAACAACAUCAGAGCAAGUAUGCCAGCCAUAAAAAGUGAAAGCUGCUCAGAUUUAGAAACCUCAGCUCAACUGCCACCCACGGAAGUGCUACAGCAAGAUCAAGACAAAACCAAAGUCAUGCCAGUGGUUGUAAAGCAGGAGCAUCCUUCUUCAUCCUGCGAACAAAGCCAGCAAAGGAGUAUUCUAGCUACCAUGGAACAGCGGUUAAAACAGUAUCAACUAUCACCUGUGUUUGAAAGAAAGAAGUCUUUGGUCAUCAAGUCACCCAAUAAGGUGAAGGUGGAGAUGGCUGGGGCUGUGACUGUGCUCUCAACUAGUGCUGAGGGAAAUGUCAAAGAACAGUGCAAACCACAAAACUUCACCCCACCUAAAAAGAUUGAACCUGGGUUGCAAAGCUUUCUGGAGUCACCCAUGAAGAUGCUUGAUACACCAAUAAAAAACUUGCUAGAUACACCUAUGAAGACACAGUACGAUAUUCCUUCAUGUCACUGUGUUGAGCAAAUCAGUGAAAGAGACGAAGGCCCAUAUUAUACUCACUUGGGAUCAGCACCGACUGUUUCAGGCAUCCGCAAAAUUAUGGAGGAAAGAUCUGGACUGACUGGAAGCGCCAUUAGGAUUGAAAAAGUUGUGUAUACUGGCAAGGAAGGCAAGAGUGGGCAGGGCUGCCCCAUUGCUAAAUGGGUAAUACGGAGGGCAAAUGUAGAUGAGAAACUCCUGGUCUUGGUACGAGAACGGGCUGGUCACUCAUGUGAAACAUCCUGUAUAGUAGUGGUCAUCUUAAUUUGGGAAGGCAUACCAACAAACCUUGCUGACCGUCUCUACACUGAACUCAGUGACACACUAACAAAACAUGGUGCCCUAACCAACCGAAGAUGUGCUCUAAAUGAGGAGAGAACAUGUGCAUGUCAGGGUUUGGAACCUGAUGCCUGUGGAGCUUCUUUCUCCUUUGGCUGCUCCUGGAGCAUGUACUAUAAUGGCUGCAAAUUCGCUAGAAGUAAAAUCCCACGAAAGUUCAAACUGCUUGGGGAUGAUCCCAAGGAGGAAGAGAAACUGGAACAAAAUCUCCAGGGUCUUGCAACUUCCGUGGCCCCAGUGUAUAAAAAAAUGGCACCGGAUGCUUACAGCAAUCAGGUGGACCAUGAACACAGAGCUCCCGAUUGCCGUCUGGGCCUAAAAGAAGGACGGCCAUUUUCUGGAGUGACAGCCUGUCUAGACUUCUGUGCUCAUGCCCACAGAGACCUGCACAACAUGCAAGGGGGCAGUACUGUGGUCUGCACACUAACACGAGAGGACAAUCGUGAUAUUGGAAAAAUUCCUGAGGAUGAGCAGCUGCAUGUGCUUCCCUUAUAUAAGGCCUCAUCCACUGACGAGUUUGGCAGUGCUGAGGCUCAGCUGGAGAAGACCAAGACUGGUGCCAUUCAGGUGCUCAGUGCCUUUCGUAGACAGGUGCGUAUGCUACCAGAGCCUGCCAAGUCUUGUCGACAGAAGAAGCUGGAUGCCAAGAGAGCCGCAGCUAACAAACCAAACAACCCCAACACACCUAACUCCAAAAUAGACGGCACCCAUCAAGCAAAGCAGAAACAGACCGCUUAUGAGAACCCAGGCCAGAACACAACUGUAACAGGCCCAGGUAACAUGAGAACAAAUCUGGAAUCUGGGCAUCUCCCACAAGUCCAUGCUGCCCAUCAGCCGCAGCAGCACCGGCAGCAAACACAACCUAAUCAUAAUCCCUCUUACACUGUCCCACAGUUCCCUAGAUUCUCAAAUUCAUCAGGAACCUUCUCAAAUGUUUCUAAACCAAUGACCCCGCAUCCUCAAACACCUUCUUCUGCAGGUCCUUAUCCCUCUCCUUUACAUGCACCCAACUCUUACAUUAAUAUGUCUAAUGCACCCACCCCAUACCCCAGGUCUCUUACACCCAACCCUCUCUAUACUGGUUACCAAUGUAACGGGGGGCUUCCCAUGGACAACUACCACCCUUACUACUCUUCCAAUCUAAAGCAUCCAGAUAUGUAUCAUCCCCAAAGAAAUUCACUGUACUCUGAGCAGCGGUAUAGUGCACCUCAACAUUAUGGGGUCAACUACCCACCACACUAUGGAGAGCCUAGCUUGCCAGCCAAUGGUUAUGGCACCUGUAACAUGAAACCUGGCAUGCACUCUAUGGGACAUUACCCAGGUUAUGGUCCUAAUAUGCCACCUGAUGCCUUCUCUAGGCCUCCUUCAGCCCAUCUACAUUUGGACUAUGCAGCUAUUGGCAAAAGCAGCCAGUUUGAAGCUUACCCCAAGCCUCAUAUGUCCCAGAAUCCUCAGAUGUUUCCCCCAAAUCUAAAUACCUUAAGUAUGCAAAGUAAUAAAGAUUUAGAGAUAAACAUGCAUGGAGCAAAUGGCAUCCCUCAGGUGUUUCCUCCUUUGGGUAAUGAAUGCUUCAACCCGAACCAGCAUCCAGGCUUGAGGCUUUCCAAUGAAAAUGCUCUUAACCCUGUAGUCAACCAGACACCACUUACCCAGAGUUCAGAACAAAAAGAAAAGGAGGAUGUGUGGUCCGACAGCGAGCACAACUUCCUUGACCCUGAAAUUGGAGGGGUGGCAGUGGCACCUAGUCAUGGUUCGAUCAUUAUCGAGUGUGCUAAGCGGGAGCUCCAUGCGACUACACCAGUCAAGAAGCCUGACCGCAACCAUCCCACCCGUAUCUCACUGGUGUUUUACCAGCACAAGAACUUGAAUGAGGCAAAACAUGGACUGGCUCUGUGGGAAGCAAAAAUGGCAGAGAAGGCCCGGGAGAAAGAGGAAGAUGCUGAGAAGCAUGGUGCUGAAAAUACAACGAGCAAGAGCAGUGGAAAGAAAGUGAAACGAGAACAUUCAGAGCCUUCUGAACCCUCAGAACCGCCAUAUAAGCAGUUUCUUCUCAUGCUUAAAGAACGGUCAAUGUCCUGCACUACCAAUUCAUACGUAAGCACAUCUCCCUAUGCCUUUACCAAGGUGACCGGGCCUUACAAUCAUUUCCUGUAAAAAACCUCUGUAGGUUCAGAGCAUUCAUAAAUGCAAGAAUAAGAGUGGCAUCAGAAAAAUGACAUGGUGCAUGAAAUGGUGCUACAAUAUCCAUAAACACAAGAAUAAGAGUGACAUCAGAAAAAAGACAUGGUGCAUAAAAUGGUGCUACAAAUGGUGCAGACCUCAGUGCCACUGGCCAUAUGACCCAUAAUUCUUGUUCAGUUUGUGUGAGGUUAUUGAUAAUAGUAAGAUUCAGUAUCAUUACUAUACGUAGAGCAUCAGUUUUUCACGCUCUUAAAAAGUCGAUCUUUACUGUUUGAAAUGUUUAUUUAUUUAAUUACUCACGUAUGAUAACACACUGUUCUUUAUCCAUGGUGCUUAGAGUCCAACAAAUCUGGACAUAUUACUGGAAAGAAAUUCAACUUUGGUGACUUUUGUGGCUAAUCACUUUUUUAUGGUGCUAGUGAGUGUUUUAAAUGCAAAUGUGUUUUUAAAAGCCUUUCUUUAACAACAUGCAACAAAACACCUUGUAUCAUUUUAAAGUAAUACGCAAUUAUUUUAAGCAAUUAAGAAAUUAUCUAUCUUAAAUAGUGUUUUAGGAGCACUUUUUAGUAAUAAUGAGGGUAUUACUUUUUGAUGAACUCCAUAGUGGAUAGCUGAACAUCAUUUAAAAGACUUUUAAAGAUUUUCUCUGGUGCUUUUACAAUUUCACAAUUUCUUUACACUUACUGUAUAGUGAGGCACUGAGGGUCAAUUUUGUAACAGUACUGUUCUGAUAGAGAAAUCAAAAAAAAAAACAAAAAAAAAAAAAAAAGGUAAAAUUUCAGAACACUGAAUACUGAUAUUGGAGUCAAGAAAAACAAUGGUCAAUAUUAGGUCCUCAAAGCAUUUAUCAAGGAAAACAUAACAGGGUUACAUUUACAUCAAUGUCACUGUUUCAGAGGCAGCUGGCUUGGCUUGCUGUGGGGGGGUUUACAUAAUGCAACUUUAGCUGUAUAAAAAAAAGUUGAGACAUGUACAGUAAAUUAAUUUUUUUUUUUUUUUUUUUUGAAUGUAUGCUUAGACAAUAGUUUAGUAAAGAAGAGUACUAUUUCUUUGGGUUUGAACUGAUCUUGUUUCAAAUGGUGCUACUUGACCUGCUAUAAAUAUAAUGUGAGACUCUCUAAGGGCGUUGAGAAGGCUUAUGAAUGAUGUAGAAAAACUUACUUAUCAUAUACCUCAGAACUAGUUUGGCAAUAGAAUUAUAAUACCAAGGUGUUUCUGUUCUUUUACUUCCAAACACUUUGUAGCAAAUAUAACACAGACCUUAAGGCCAUCAUUGAUGCAAAGUUCAUUUCUUACUUUCUUCACACUUGAUCUACUAGAAAGUAUUACUUGAACUUCAAGUGUCAAUGGAAUUGCAAAAUCAGGGAUAUAUCAGCUCAUUUCUGUGCAUAAACAUCACUUGUAUUCAUGUUGUCUUCUCUAAUUCAGGUUUGAGCCUUUGCUUUUUAAAUCCUUAUAAAUUACCUGUACAUACCACACACAUAUCUAACUUUAUCAGAAAAUUAAAACAAUCUGAAUUUGUGUACUAUUGAAGCAAAAUGCUGAUAAACCUUUUAAGAAGUAAUCUGAACAUUUUAACAUGCACUGGUUUAAUUAAAGGGAAAGUGUCAUGACAUAUAAAGCAAUGCAUUUGAUCUUUACUGAAGGGUUAGAUAAAGUCAGUUAAAAUACUAUGUGCACAUUUAGUUGCAUAUGUAUAGUUUGAGGCUAAAUGUAUUUACAACCACUAAACAUUUGUUAAUACCUCUUACACUACUCCUGUCCCAGAAAUAAAUUAUAUAUUUGACGAGUUAUUGGUAAUGAAUGAAAUACAACUCAUUCCACUCUGACAUAAAAAAUUAAGCACUUCAAUUUGUUUUUCAAAAGAAAAAAAAAAAAAAAAAAAAAAAAGAUGUAAAUUCAAAAUAGGUAGAAUAUUGUAAAUUUGUUAAAAAAGAUUAUGCCAAGUUGUAUAUACCAUAUAAUUGCAUUGCAGAAGUCUAAGUCCAUUCUUCUUAAGUCCAUGUUAUGUACGAAGGUUAAUUUCCAUGUUUGUUUAAAGUACCAUCACCCCACACAAUAAUAAUAAUCAUAGAUAUUGCUCCAAAAAGUUUUUUUGUUGGUAUUCGGAUUACCUGAGUUUUUUUUUUUUUUUUUCUGUUUGUUUCUUCGGCAUACAACAGAAAUGUUUACAUUUUUUUUCUAUUAGAAAUCAAUUUGAUGUACUGACUAGUUAUGGAAGAAGCUUCCAGUUCUGUAGUUUAAAUUAGAUGUUACAUUUCAGUGUACAGGGCCCAGCUUAAGUAGCAGGUUGUGUAUGAAGCAAGUGAAAUGAGUGGUUAAAAUUUAGUGAGUGACAAGAAUAGCCAUACUUGAAGAUGCUUUGGAGUGUUUCUGAGUGGAGUCAACUUUACUUGAAUGAAUUUCUGACUUCAACUAACGAACUGGGGUGCACAACUUUUACAUUAAGCUAGCAGUUUAUGUACACGUUGGUAUUUUGCCAUUAGACACUAAAGUUUUAAAUGUGAUAUUUUCUGCCUUUUGUAUUGCUCCUUGUUUGUAAUGCUUAAAACAUUGAAUUAAGAAUGGCUUUGAAUACUGUAAGUAUUGUAUUGUACUGAAGAACUGAAUGCAGUUUAUUUGAAAACUAUUUGUUAUUAUUUGUUAUCAUUCCUAAUAUUGCUGAAAUGUGGGGUUUUUAAUAAAAUGUAUAUUUAUUUCAAGCA